CUGAUUGUGACCCUGGGAAGCUGCCGAACGUCGUGUGAGCAGCUAACGAAUUUAUUUGAGAACUGUUGGUCAAAUUGAUAAUAUCUAUUAGUUGACGAUGGCUCGUAAUAUUCAAAGUUUAUGGAGAAUUACCUCAAAUGUAUUCAACUGGAGUAUUACACAAAAUAUUUGUGUCAGCGGUAUCAGAUCAUUGUACACAGCCUCCGCACUGGGGUUGGAAAGUUAUCGAAGGCAACGCGAGAAUAUUAACAAUCAAUUUCAUAACGUAAGCGAUAAUUUCCGUGAAAGAAUGCUAGCCGCUGUAAAGGGGGAAUCGACCAUGAUAUUCACAGAAGAUCUGAAGAAUAUGUUCCAUUUAGCGAACGAUAAUCCAAGUGACUUUGAACUGCUUUCCAAGAUGUUGGUAAAAUUCAACAGUCAAAAUAAGGAAUUGAGAUUUGGCUCAUUCGUAUUUGGGCCCGUCGCCAUGCGUACCUAUCAUCAUUUCAACAAAGCCGACGAAGCUUUCUCUGCAUUCAAUAAUCCUGACUUGAAAGGAGUUUUCUUUCAAGUAUCCAGCUGCCAAAUCUUAAUGGAUUUGUUAUUCGAACAAGCAAGAUAUGCCGACGUUAGACAAGUUUGGGAUACUGUUCAGACCGAAUUGCUGAGUACCGGUACCCCACAGAGUCUUCUGAUCUUACUUUUUGCAGCGUGUUACAAAGAGAAUUCUCCCGAGAGUUUUGAGUAUGCUAUUAACGUUCACCGAACAUUGAAAAACAAAGGUGGAUACUUAGUCCGCAGAGCCUCGACGUUCUUCGCAGGACUUGCCUUGCAUCAAGGUAGACCAGAUAUUGCCGUUGAGAUUACGUUCAGUGAACAUCAAAGCAAUUAUGUGUCGGUCAGGCUCCUCAAGGUUGCAGCUCUGGCGGAACUUGACAGGCUCCAUGAUGUAUUGUCAAUACUGAGAAAUUCCUUGACAUUUGACAGACCAAAUCUGCGCAAGCAUGUUUAUCCAGCAGAAGUGAUUGAGAGAGUUGAGAAAGCCAUAGAGAGAGCACAGCUAUGUGAGAAUGAGCCCAUUGUGACUAUAGUCAAGCAAUUGAAGCUCAACGAGCAGAUCGAAAACUCGACCUUGGAUGAUAUUCUAUGCCUACCGAUACAAGGGUUCGUGCGGAAUAACACGACCUCUGGAGAGGCACCAUCGAAAUUUAAAGGAUAUAACCGAAAUCAAAGGAUACGUAGAGCGUACACAGCUGACUCUCAAGAGUUGUAUUGAAAGACCUAGUUUAGAGGUGGAACAGAACUUGCAGCGUAUAACAUUACAAUUCGUGUCAUUAGUGACGAUAUCAUAUAAAAAUCACAAUUGAAUGUAAAACUUAUGAAAUACAAGUCGUUAGUAACUGAUA